AGUGGGACACCCUUGUCCUCCCACUUUCCCUUCCCUCCCCCGACCCGCUCGAAGUAAAAAGACCAACCCUGGUGCUUAACUUUCUUUACCUCCGUUUCGCCUCAAGUCAGAGAAUGGCUGCAUUUUUUAAAUCCCUGCGCAAUGUUAAGAAUGAGAUCGUUCUGUUUUCUACGCCGUUUCUUCUUCUCCCGCUGCCCUUGGUCAUUGGAACAAAGGAGGCAGGAUGUGCCUAUGUGAUCAUCCUGAUGGCAGUUUAUUGGUGCACAGAGGCCCUACCCCUGGCUGUCACUGCCCUGCUCCCUGCAGUCCUCUUCCCCAUGUUUGGCAUCAUGCAGUCCAAAGACGUGUGUAUGCAAUACCUGAAGGACACAAACAUGUUGUUUGUGGGUGGACUGAUGGUGGCUGUAGCAGUGGAACACUGGAACCUGCACAAGCGCAUUGCCCUCCGAGUGUUGCUCUUAGUAGGGGUGCGCCCUGCUCUGCUGAUGCUGGGUUUCAUGGGGGUGACAGCGUUCCUGUCCAUGUGGAUCAGUAACACAGCCACCACAGCCAUGAUGGUGCCCAUCGUCCAGGCUGUUCUGAAGCAGCUCAACAGCUACCCAGAGUCUGAGGUCCCCGUGAUCCGAAGUACCGAGGAGAACUCCCCGCCUCAGGAGACCACUGAGUCCAAACAGACUGAGAAACACACGGAGGGAACCGUGGUGAUAACCUGUUUAGACCCGUCCACGGAGGCUAUCAGGCGUAAGGAGGCUGCAGAGAAGAAGAAGAUGUGUAAGGGCAUGACGCUGUGUGUUUGCUAUGCGGCCAGCAUCGGGGGCACUGCCACCCUCACAGGAACCGGGCCCAACCUGGUGCUCACAGGCCAGAUGAACCAGCUGUUUCCUAACAAUGGAGAUGUCAUCAAUUUUGCCUCCUGGUUCGGCUUUGCUUUUCCCAACAUGAUCUUAAUGCUCACACUGGCUUGGCUCUGGCUGCAGUUUGUCUUCAUGGGAUUCAACUUUAAGAAGACGUGGGGCUGUGGAGUGGUGAAGACGGAGAAGGAGAUCGCUGCGUAUAAUGUGAUCAAGGAGCAGCACGGUCAGCUGGGAACCAUGUCAUUUGGAGAGCUCAGUGUCCUGGGUCUGUUCAGCAGUCUGGUCGUGCUGUGGUUCACCAGAGAUCCUGGCUUCAUGGCGGGCUGGGCCACACACGUCUUCAACACCGAUGCAGAGUACGUAACUGACGCCACGGUGGCAGUGUUCAUUGCUGUUCUUCUCUUUGUCCUGCCUUCCAAGCCCCCACGCUUCUUCUGCAGGAGAUCAUAUAGCUAUGACACAGAGUCCCAGCCCUUAGCUGGCCAAACCCCAGCUCUUCUCACCUGGAAGGUUGCACAAAAGAAGUUACCCUGGAGCAUUGUUCUUCUCCUGGGGGGAGGGUUCGCCCUGGCUAAGGGCAGUGAGGAGUCAGGUCUGUCUCGAUGGAUGGGAGAUCAGAUGACUCCACUUCACACCAUCCCACCCUGGGCCAUCGCUAUCAUCCUGUGCCUGCUCAUUGCCACCUUCACAGAGUGCACCAGUAAUGUGGCCACAGCCACUCUCUUCCUACCCGUCCUCGCCUCAAUGUCCCAGUCCAUUGGAAUGAAUCCUCUAUAUGUCAUGGUGCCAUGCACUCUCAGUGCCUCCUUUGCCUUCAUGCUACCUGUGGCCACUCCGCCCAAUGCUAUCGUCUUCUCAUAUGGCUACCUCAAGGUUUCUGACAUGGCGAGGACGGGUCUGGUGAUGAACAUCAUUGGCAUCCUGUGCAUCACACUGGCCAUCAACAGCUGGGGCAGGGCCAUGUUCCACUUGGACACCUUCCCUAUCUGGGCCAAUACUACCGGAGUGUGAGGGGCUGGACACAGACCAUGAUGAACACACACUGUCUUUCCCAGUCACAUUCAUCAAGAGUACUUGAUAAGCUGGUGUUGGGAGAAUCUCCUAAGGACACUUGAAUCACCCAGUAAACUGAAUGGAUGGAUAUUAUUCAAGAGAAGAGUGAUGGAGGGUGAAAAGUAGCACUACUGUAUGUUGUUUUUUUUGCUGUAAUGUGUUAUUCAGAUAAUGGACAGUUCCGUGUGUAAUGACCAAGUAUUUACUCCAUCAAAUGAAGCAUUUUUAACUCCUUAGAGGUGGCCUGGGUUCUGUCUUACACCUUAGUUUGUUAUAUCUUAAGACCCAGAGACGCUUAGAAACAAUUUGGGGAUUGAAGUUAAAGCUAAACAUUUAAUUUGCACAGAAUAGCGUCUGAUCUGUAUUUCCCUGACCAAGGGUAAUGCAUGUCAUCUCCUCUGGCUUAUCAGACUUACAGAAGAAAGUUAUUUUUGCAAGCACUCAGUGGUGAAACCUGGAGCAGUGUACUUCUAAUGUUGCUUUCAAUACUGUAUGACUGGACAAUCUGAGAUCCCUAUGUACAGACUGUCCUUAUCUAUAAUCAUUGGAGCUCAAAAUGAAUUUAUGAACAUACUGUACAAUUUUUAUCUUCUGACAUUUUGUAACAUAAAUGUUAUAGUAAUAUAUUUUGAUCAAAGGUUGUAUUUAUUAGAUGUAAUAUAAUGUAGUUAGUUCAUUUUUAUAUGGUAUUUGCAACUGCAUAGGCAAAAUUAUCUAAAAUGUCAAAGGAAAUGUCUGGGCUGCUUACAGUUACAAUGUAUGUUAGGUUCCUACAAUCAUGUCGACAGUACAGUAGAAUAAGAUGUCACUGGUUUCACACAUUGUUAAAACCUGGUUGUUUGAAAUAAAAUAAAAAAAUGAUGGUGGUUAUGUGUA